CCGAGCGUCGAUCAACGGUUGCCUUGGCAGCACCUGACGUCAUUGGUCCCGGUCGGUCCCUGCUUCUGUUUCUUUGAUUGGAGGGAAACCCCGUGGAUGCGAGCAGUAUACGCUUCAGGAAGGGCCAUCAGCUGUGUUGCGGAUCGGGAUCAAAAACAAACUAUUAACUCAGAACUGCAUAAAGGCGGACGGCAGCCAUGACGGACAAGGAGGAACAGGUGCAGAAGGCCAAGCUUGCGGAGCAGGCGGAGCGCUACGACGACAUGGCGGCGGCCAUGAAGGCGGUGACGGAGGAGGGCUCGGAGCUCAGCAACGAGGAGCGCAACCUGCUCUCCGUGGCCUACAAGAACGUGGUGGGGGCGCGGCGCUCGUCCUGGCGGGUGGUGUCCAGCAUGGAGCAGAAGUCCGAGGGCAGCGACAAGGCGGCGCUCGCCAAGGAGUACCGCGAGAAGAUCGAGAAGGAGCUGACGGAGAUCUGCAAGGACGUCCUGGGCCUGCUGGACAACCACCUGAUCCCCAAAGCCACGCCGGCGGACAGCAAGGUGUUCUACCUGAAGAUGAAGGGGGACUACUACCGCUACCUGGCCGAGGUGGCCACCGGGGAGGAGAAGGAUGUCAUCAUCAAGAGCUCCCAGGAGGCCUACCAGGAGGCGUCUGACAUCAGCGCCAGCGACAUGCAGCCCACUCACCCCAUUCGCCUGGGCCUAGCCCUCAACUUCUCCGUCUUCUACUACGAGAUCCUCAACUCACCCGAGAAGGCCUGCAAGCUGGCCAAGACGGCCUUUGACGACGCCAUCGCCAUGCUGGACUCCCUGAACAGCGACUCGUACAAAGACAGCACCCUCAUCAUGCAGCUGCUCCGCGACAAUCUGACACUGUGGACGUCAGACACCCAGGGAGAGGGAGACGAGGCAGAGCCAGAGCCAGAACCAGAGGAGCCAGCCGAGCCCGCAGAGCCCGCAGAGCCAGCAGAGACCAACUAGUCUCCAAAUCUGUCUUUAAAACGGAAAAAAAAAGAACCCACAUUUUUUACCUCUCACCAGCCUAAUUUGUGUGUGUGUGUGUGUGUGUGUCGGUUUGUAUGUAAUGUGUGUGUUUGUGUGCGAUCAUACAUGCACAGCUAAGUAUGUAUGCUGGCACUUCACUCACUGUGUGUGUGUGUGUGUGUGUGUGUGUGUGUGUGUGGAGUGUGUGUAUGUGGAGUGUGUGUGUGGGGGGGGGUGCAUGGAGUGUGUGUAUGUAUGCUCUUUUAAGGGCCACAGUGGAUAUGACUUUCUGAUCCGUCUGAUAUUCUUUUAUUUUUCUUUAGCGCAUUACUCAUCAUAUGUAAAAGAAGAAAACAGUUUUACCUGCCUACCCUGUUUGUUAAGAAGAAGACUCAAAACUUCUCUCCUUGUGCAAACUAGCCUAUUGUUGCUGCAGAAGGAAAAAACCUAAACAGUGUUUUCUUUUUUUUA